AAAAAAAAAAAGCCUUAAGCGCGUUUCGUUAAUCAAGAGCGCUGAACCUUUUCGUAUUCCGUAGUUUCGUAACCUUCCGGUGUCAUGUCUACUCCCUUGCUGAACGCGUGGUAGCGGUUAUUGCCAAUUUUCCUCUUUUAUACGAUUCUGAGAAGUUACUGUGGAAAUGGCAGAAAUGGUCCAAGAAAAGAGUACAGGACUAAAAUUCGCAGAGGAGCAGCUUCUGCGACACGGAUGGGAAAAAGGUAAAGGUCUGGGCAGAUCAGAGAAUGGCAUCUCAGAAGCUAUUAAAGUCAAAAUUAAAUGUGACAAAAGAGGGAUGGGCCAUAAGGAAGGUGAGCAGUUCACUUUCCACUGGUGGGACCAUGUUUUUAAUAAAGCCUCAUCCAAUCUGGUUGUGGAGACAGGUCAGAGUGGUGUGAUGGUGAAGAAGUCGGAUGACGGCAAUGAUGGAUUGAUCUCCAACAAGAAGCCACGCAAGGCUCAGCAAGCCAAGUCCAUGCUCUAUGGAUGUUUUGUCAAGUCAGCUACACUGCUGUCAGGUGAGGAGCAGCCAGAAAAGAUCUCUGAUUCAGAUGACAGCAGCAGCAGCAGUUCUGAAGAUGAGGACCAGAAACUGGACCUUUCCAGCACUACCAAGCUAUCAGAUACAGAUCUGCUGAAAGCUUGUGGAGGACGAACAGCACACAAAGGAGCCAGACAUGGACUCACUAUGAGCGCCAAACUGGCCCGACUUGAGCAGCAGGAGCAGGAGUUCAUGAACAAGUAUGGUAAGAAGAACCACACUGCUGAACCAUCCACAAGCAACACAGAUUGUCUAAAUCCUGAGGGACGUCCAGAUAUUAAAGAGAAAACAAAACGCAAGAAAUCAAAAAGGCAGGAGGAACCAUCAGAGAAUAACAUCCAUGAAGAUAAGAUGACAGCACAGGUCCUUUCAAGUAAUGAUACUGAGGACCGCAAACCCAAAAAGAGGAAAGAGUCUAAUGAUGCUUCUGUGAAUGACAAAACGAUCGCAGAUACAGAGCCAAAGAAGAAGAAAAAGAGAAAUCGCAAAGAAAAAGAAGCACGUGAGGAUCGUGUUCAUGGAGACUGCAGCAUAGAUGUGAAUGAGGCAUUCACACACAAAUCAGAGGAGCAAGACACACACCUGCCGACAGAUGACAGCAUGCACAAGAAGAAAAAGAAAAAGAAACAACGGUCCAAGGUGGCUGCUGAGACGGCUGACGCAGAGGAGAUCAAUGAGGAAUCCACAGACACACACAGCAAACAACCACAGGAGGGCAGUACUGAGUAUCAACAAACAUCUGAUAAUGCCUUCAAAAAGAAAAAGAAAAAGCGCUCUUCCAUGGAGCACUACGAAGAUGUGGAUAACUCAGCUACUGCAAUGAUAGUAACGGAAGAUGCUAGCAAUGUAGCACAGAUAAUGGACACACAAACAGAAGGACAGAAGAACGAAAGGAAGAAAAACAAAAAAAUGAAACGAAGCAAAAAGGAAUAGCACGAGGUGGCCAAAAAUUUGCAGUCUGAGGAGUCCGUGCCAAAAAAACAAAAAAAAAAAGCAAAGAGUGACCUUGCAUUCUACCAAACUCACUACAAACACAAGAAGUAGAUCAGAAUCUGGGCUGCUGUUGAAAUGUUAGCAUCGAUUCUCCAGCUGAGAAACUUGACUUGACAAAAUGCAGGCGUGUUCAGAUCAUGUUUGUUAUGGAGCACUCAUAUUUAUUCUUACAAAUCAUGGUCAAUUUUUAAAGCUUGAGACCCACAGGUGACAUUAAAUGGUGUUUUUUUUUUACAUUUGUGUAAUGCAUAUUUAAUAGCAUAUUGACAAGUACAAAAAUGUGAUGAACUGUGAACAGCUUGCAGUGAUUUAUGUGGCUGAAGUAUUUAUUCAGUCACAGUAAAGUUGGAUGUUGUUUGACAGACAGGAAGAAUGGUGCACUAAGUUAAGUCAUUUUCCUACAGUAUGUGUCUCUCUUGGAGCUGUAACUUGAAACAUUGCUAACAAAUCAAACUUCAAAUGAAUUUGAAAAUAAAAUUAUUCUUGAGAUGGU